AGUCUCAUACGUGUGUUGUCCUGUGUACAUCAUCAUCAUCAUCAACAAUAUAAAUUAAUAUAUAAUAAAUCAAAAAUAUAAAAAAUGAGCUCUUCGAAUCUGGCAGGAAACACGAAUACUACAACUACAUCAUCAGCAGCUUCUGCAGCAGCUGCUCAUUCAGCUGCAAAUGCUUCAACAAUAACAUCAGAAUACUCGACAACACAGACAACAACUGGAACAUUUAACACUGAUACAUUAUCGAGCAUCGGAUCAACGUCGACACUUCAUGGAUCACAACCAUCCCAACCACCACCACCACCACCACCUCAAGUAUCAUCACCGAUUGCGGCAGCUGCAGCAGCAUCAGCUGCACUUGUUGCACAGCUUAAUCCGGCCGAUCGAUGGCCAACAGAACCGUCGGCUUAUAAGUUGGAUGAGUCGAUUGGAGUUGGAGCAACUGCUACCGUUUUUACUGCCUACUGCCUUCCACGAAACGAGAAAGUCGCCAUCAAAUGCAUAAAUCUGGAAAAGUGUCAAACAUCGGUUGAUGAGCUAAGUCAUGAGAUUCAGGCAAUGUCCCAGUGUAAUCAUCCGAAUGUUGUUAGCUAUUAUACAUCAUUUAUUGCACAAGAAGAACUAUGGGUUGUUAUGCGUCUACUCAAUUGUGGUUCAAUGCUUGACAUUUUGAAACGCAAAGUUAAGGCAAUUGGAAAAGAACAGGCGCAAUUCGGUGUCCUCGAUGAAGUAUCAAUUGCUACAGUACUCCGUGAAGUACUAAAAGGACUCGAAUAUUUCCAUUUAAACGGACAAAUUCAUCGUGACAUUAAAGCCGGCAACAUACUGCUCGCCGACGAUGGAACUAUUCAAAUUGCCGAUUUUGGAGUAUCUGGAUGGCUUGCUUCUUCUGGUGGUGAUUUGUCACGUCAGAAAGUUCGUCACACAUUUGUGGGCACUCCGUGUUGGAUGGCACCAGAAGUAAUGGAACAAGUACAAGGAUAUGAUUUUAAAGCUGACAUUUGGUCACUUGGAAUUCUUGCGAUUGAACUUGCCACCGGAACAGCUCCCUAUCAUAAAUAUCCACCAAUGAAAGUCCUUAUGCUAACACUUCAAAAUGAUCCACCAACACUUGAGACUAAUGCUGAGAGAAAAGAUCAAUAUAAGGCUUAUGGAAAAUCGUUUAAGACACUGAUUCGCGAUUGUUUGCAGAAAGACCCAGCAAAGCGUCCAACAGCCUCCGAACUCUUGAAAUAUUCGUUCUUCAAAAAAGGAAAAGACAAGAAAUAUCUGGUACAUACUCUCAUUGAGAAUCUCGCUUCAGUUCCAGUAGUCGCCCAUCACUCGUCGAAAAAAGUGGCUUCUGGAAAGUUGCGUAAAGAUGCUCACGGAAAUUGGGAAUUUGAAUACGACUCACCACAAGAAAGUGAUGAUGAUAGUGAUUUGGAGGAUGAGGAACGUGAAAAGAAGAAGAAGAAGGCUAGUGCUUCAGCAUCAGGAGCUGGAGCAGCUGGAGCUGCUGGAGGAGCCACUGGAGGAGCAGCAAGUGGUGCUCCAAGUGCUCAGGAAGGUGGAGGAGCCACCACUCCGUGUCCAGAGACGUUGAAUAUGGUGCUCAGAGUUCGGAAUCAACAGCGAGAGCUCAAUGAUAUCAAGUUUGACUAUACAAAGUCGGCUGAUACUGGUACGGAAUAUUUUACUAAAAGUAAAAUAUACUGUGAAGCCAGAGAGUAAAAUAUACUGUGAAGCCAGAGAAGCCAGAGGGAAAUUUGACAGAAAACUGAGUUUUGGAACGACGAUUUUUGUGGAAAAAUUCUGUUUUUUGAGAAUUUUUAACGACUUUUUCAAUAAUGUUUUUUUAAAAUUUUGCAAUUUUUUUCCAAUUUUUUAGCGAUUUUUGCUGAAAGUUGAGGUUUUUCAGUAAUUAUUUCAGAAAAUUUAGAUUUUUUGCGAAUUUUUAGGUGUUUUGUGUUGAGAAAUCUAAUUUUUCACAUUUUUCGAACAUAGGUUUUUGCUCCGACAAUAAUGGAAUCAUGUGUUCUGAAAAAUAGAAAUUUAUUCAAUUAUUGAACUGAAAAUUACAUUUUUUUCAAAUUUUACCGACUUUUUGAAGUAAUUUUUAUUUUAUUUUUUUGAACAUUUUUAAUGGGUUUUGUCUUAUUUUGAAAUAAAACCAUUAAACUAAAAUAAUAACAGAAAA